ACUGGUUUCCACGGUGGGCUGAUCCCUCCAGCGCGGCUCUUCCGGUGGAGACGUGGCUCUCUGCUGCUGCCAUAUUGACGCUAACGCGCUAACAAUCACUCAACUGGAAGUCAGCUGGAUCGUUCCUCACCUUUCCAGAGGGCCAAAAAACAUCCCAGCGGUGGAAACACGAGGGACUGAAGAUCUCCACACCUCACAGAGUGACCGAAUAUGGUGCUGUUGGCAGCGGCGGUGUGCACCAAGGCCGGAAAGGCCAUAGUGUCCCGGCAGUUUGUGGAAAUGACCCGGACGCGGAUCGAGGGUCUUCUGGCUGCGUUCCCUAAGCUGAUGAACACGGGCAAGCAGCACACCUUUGUGGAAACAGACAGUGUUCGUUACGUGUACCAGCCGCUGGAGAAACUCUACAUGGUCCUCAUCACCACCAAGAACAGCAACAUUCUGGAGGACUUGGAGACACUCAGACUUUUCUCCCGGGUGAUCCCAGAAUACUGUCGCGUGCUGGAGGAGAGUGAAAUUUCGGAGCACUGUUUCGACCUGAUCUUUGCCUUUGAUGAGAUCGUGGCGCUCGGCUACAGAGAGAACGUGAACUUGGCUCAGAUUCGCACCUUCACAGAGAUGGAUUCCCACGAGGAGAAGGUUUUCCGUGCUGUCAGAGAGACCCAGGAACGGGAAGCCAAGGCAGAGAUGAGGAGGAAGGCCAAGGAGCUGCAGCAGGCCAGGAGAGAUGCUGAGCGUUCUGGGAAGAAGGUGCCAGCGUUUGGAGGCUUUGGCAGUGCAGGAAUGAGCAGCAUGUCCUCGGGCUCCGUCAUCACAGAAACCAUCGUCGAGCCUGAAAAACCCAAGAUCACACCAACUCCAGUCCGAUCAAGUGGACCAAGCAGAGCUCUGAAACUGGGCGCUAAAGGGAAAGAGGUGGACAACUUUGUUGACCAGCUGAAGUCUGAAGGUGAAACCAUCAUUCCUUCAACAGGGAAGAGAGGCUCAGAUGUGUCUAAGGCUCUGCCAGCACCUGUCAAUGUGGAGAGCGUACACCUGCGUGUGGAGGAGAAGAUCUCGCUGACCUGUGGCCGUGAUGGUGGCCUGCAGAACAUGGAAGUGCUUGGCAUGGUGACGCUUCGGGUCACAGAUGACAAAAACGGACGCAUCCGCCUCAUUAUCAACAACAAUGACAACAAAGGACUACAGCUGCAGACUCAUCCCAACGUGGACAAGAAGUUAUUCACCGCUGAUUCUGUGAUUGGCCUGAAGAACCCAGAGAAGUCCUUCCCUCUCAGUAAUGAUGUUGGAGUGCUGAAGUGGAGGCUGCAGACCACAGACGAGUCCCUCAUACCGCUCACCAUAAACUGCUGGCCGUCAGAGAGCGGCUCUGGCUGUGACGUCAACAUCGAGUAUGAGCUUCAGGAGGACAGCCUUGAGCUGAACGACGUCGUCAUCACUAUCCCUCUACCGUCUGGGGUGGGAGCUCCUGUCAUCGGGGAUCUGGAUGGAGAGUACAAACACGACAGCCGGCGGAACCUGCUGGAGUGGUGCCUACCUGUUAUCGAUGCCAACAACAAGACCGGCAGCAUGGAGUUCAGCAUCGCUGGACAGCCCAACGACUUUUUCCCAAUCAACGUGUCCUUUGUGUCCAAGCGCAACUACUGUGACAUUCAGGUUACCAAAGUGACUCAUGUAGAUGGAGACAGCCCUGUCAAGUUCUCCUCAGAAACCUCCUUUGUUGUUGACAAGUACGUCAUCGAGUAGAUUUUGGAAGAACAUGACAAAUACAAAAAAAACAACAAAAAAAGCUAAAUCCACCAGAAAAAAGUCCAGAUCUGCGCUACGGAGGAGAAUGAAGGUCUCUGCCUGUGCCCCUGUUUACUCUCUGAGGCCGUACAUCGACGGGACUGCGUUGGCCUCUGGGCGGAGCCUCCUGUGGUGGUGAAGAGCAGCGGGGGCUUAUUUAUGUUUGUAUGAAAGAGGAUCAUCUAUAUAGAGUUAAUUGAACAUGAAAAACAACAAAUAUGCGUAAAUAAGAACCCCACUGAUGCUGUUGUGUAGAACUGUAAAGACUAAGUAGAGGUUGACUGUGGGGCUGAAGGAGGACCUGAGACAUCCAGCUCCACUAGAGGGCGCUCUACUCCUCCUUGGCCUCGUUUCUCCUUCACGUUGCAGUUUACUGAUUUAUGAACAGGGCCCUUUUUCUUUCCAGGUUUUCUAAUUGUGAAAUAGCUGCUGUCUGGUUGAUUCCACUCCUCCUCUUAUCUUGUGAUUGAAUUAAUAAAAGCUCCGAUUUUUUUUUUUUCUUACAAAAACAGUUUUAAUUUUUCCGGUUUGUAGAAUUCGGCUCGUUUGGGGGAAACAACGGAACAAGGCUUUUUCUGUUUCAGUUAUUAGCAAAGUGGUCUUUUUCAAUGUAGACAUGAUUUCAUUACCAUUGUUUAGUCAGUUUCAUCACUUAUCUUCGUGUUUGACAGCGAAGAGCAGAACUUACCAGUAAAAUCUUUUCACUGUCCUCAUGUUUAUUUUUGAACACCAUCAAAACCACUCCUUAUCACUAAUGUUGGUUUUAGUUGAGCGGAAAGCUUGGAGCUGUUUAGUUUUGCAGAAAGGACCCACAACAACAUCCCGGACCUCGGAUAAGGCCCGUAGAGACCUGCGUCGCCCUCGUCGAGCCCGUUCUUCAGCAGGGACACUCUGGAGCUCACGGUAAACUGUAAUGUUCGUCCACCCAGUUAUCCUUUACUGUCAUCAGCAUCACCUGGGAAGUAAUAUUUGUUGUUCUAUUUUUCCUUUUGUUUGUAUCCCCUUAAUUUCAAAUUAGACGUGGCUGUGGGGUCAGAAAUGACUAAAAUGAGCUUUUGUUUGUUUUUCUUUUGAAAGCAAAUUGCCGAAGGGGGAUCUUAACAUUCCAGUGUAGAAAAAAAACUUUAAUGGAAUAAAAUGUAUAAUUGAAAAGUUA